UUUGUUGGGACAAGCGAGCUGGCUGUGGGGCCGGGCAUUUGGGUGGGUCUGGAAGCGGUCUUCCUCUUUUCCCCACUCCAAGUCCUUACCCUGGCUGGCGCUGCGAUUCUGUGGAGUGUUUCAAUCGGUUCAAGGCUGAGGCAGGCGUGCGGCCAAGUAGGUCUGCCGAGGUGGUCAAGCUUAUUGUACAGAAGUUGAAACACUUCCCAGGAAGAGAUGCAAGAAACAUUCAGGGCCAGCAGCAGGGAGCACACCAAUUAGCUGAGAUCAGCUGCAGUGACAGUACUCUCUGGACAACCUUGAUUCCUUUGGAGGGCUCCUGAUGCUACCACAUAUGGCCAUGCAAGGUCUUGUUGUGGCUCUCCUGCUCAUCCUCUUGGCUGGUGGGGCUGAAGCCUUUCGUAUCUGUGCCUUCAAUACCCAGAGACUGACACUGGCCAAGGUGGCGAAGGAGCCAGUGGUGGAUACCUUAGUUCAGAUCCUGACCCGAUGUGAUAUCAUGGUGCUUCAGGAGGUGGUGGAUUCCUCCCAGAAAACUGUCUCCUUUCUGCUUCGAGAACUUAAUAGAUUUGAUGGUUCCAGGAGUUACAGCUUCCUAAACAGUUCCCUGCUGGGGCGCAGCACAUACAAGGAGAAGUAUGUGUAUAUCUACCGGUCUGACAAGACACAGGUUCUGAAUGUCUACCAAUACAAUGACACAGAUGACCUUUUUGCCCGAGAACCGUUUGUGGCCCAGUUCACUCUCCCCAGCAAAAUUCUUCCUAGUGUGGUACUGGUUCCACUCCAUACUACUCCCAAGGACGUAGAGAAGGAGCUGAAUGCCCUAUAUGAUGUGUUUCUGGAUGUCUCCCAGCGCUGGCAAAAUGAGGAUGUGAUCCUGCUUGGAGACUUCAAUGCUGACUGUGCAUCACUGACUAAAAAGCGUCUCAACAGCCUGCUACUGCGGACUGAGACAGCUUUCCGCUGGGUGAUUCCUGAUGGGGAAGACACUACAGUGCGGACCAGCACCAACUGUACAUAUGACCGAAUUGUGAUGCAUGGACAGGGCUGUCAGACACUGCUGAGGGCUGCAGCUCCCUUCAACUUCCCCAGGAGUUUUCAGCUGACUGAGGAAGAGGCUCUCAGCAUCAGUGACCAUUAUCCUGUGGAGGUGGAGCUGAGCCGGGCAGCUCCAAGUAUCCAACCCUUAAGUCUGGCCAUUCUGCUAUUUCAGUUGGGUAGGUGGCUUGACACCUUUUAUACCUGAUGGCCAUGACUUGACCGGGACACUGCCAUCUCCAGGAACUGAAGCAAGACCUGAAGGACUUCAACUGCAACCUUCCUUUUCACGUAGGAUUUCUGCUGCCUGCUAUUCCAAGAGGAAAACAGGGCUGGCAGUGUUCUUGCCUAUUAAAUCCAAUGCCCUGGGUUUGAUUUCCAUUUGGAAUAGACAGGACUUGUCAAUGUAUGCCACUCUACCUCAGGUAGUCAGAAGCUAGAAAUGGGCUCAGGGAUUUAGACUAUACCUGCAGGAGAUUUGUGCAACUGAC